ACAAUACUAGUAGAUAUUAACCAGUAAGAAGAAGCUCUUCUGUGCUUGUGUUCUGAAGCAUGUAUCUUAUACAAAUUCUUCUGUUCAUUGAGUCUCAUAUUAAUAUCCAUGUAUGUAAGUUUAAUAAUUUCAAUUGAUUAUUAAACUUACCAUAAAUUCUGUCAAUACUCUUUAAGGUUUUAGAAACUAAUCUAAUCGAUUUAGUAGUUAAUUAGAACCCUAAUCCCCCUCCCACAGCAUCGCCGCCGAUUACAAUGUCGGAAGAGAAACCACAUCUCUCCGAUUCCCUCAUUCAUCGCCUCCAACAAACCCUGACUACAUGCUCUCAGUUGAUUGAGGCCGGUCACUUUAGCGAUUCCGAUAGAUUAGUCACCGAGCUUGCCGAUUUCCUUACUCCGAUCGCCGUCUCAGUGGUAGAAGAAUCAUCAAAUCUGGAUUUAGAGAUCACAUCAUUCCAGAUUCUUACUGAAAUUCAUUCUUUCAUAACUUCACCUUCCAGAAACCAGCAAGUUAUUGAUGCUUUGUCCUUUGAGUUGCCCAAGUUGGUAUGUAAAUUUGCAUCUGCAUCCAAAAGAUGCUCUGAAAUUGCUCAACUCAUUGUUGAGCAUCUAGUUAGUAUGUGUUCUCCGCGAGAAAUGCUAUCAAUUCUUUGCGAGGCGCUAAGUUCUCCAACUGAAAUGUUUAGGGUUCCUUGCUAUUUCUCUCCUCUUAUUGGUGGCCUCGCUAAAGUUAUAAUACUCAUCAAAAGACGGCAAUUUGAGCAAGUGAAAGCUGCAGUUCCUGUUAUUCUUGGUGUUUUAAAGUCCAUGUCCUUAGAGGCAGAUGAGGAAGACAAAGAUACUGAGGACAUAUUCCACAAAGCAAUUGCUAUUGCAGAUUCAAUACAAGCUGUUUGCGAAGGGUUGGAACAGAACGAUAAGAGAAAACUCUGUGCUCUGUUGGGCAUGUUCGUCUUGCAAGUCAUGGCUCUUGUUUCAAUUGCAAUGGGGCAUAACAUUUCAAGUGUUCUUCCCAUUAUGGCACACCUAUCACAGUUUCUUCCAAUUUGUGGUUUAUCAUACGAGGGAUUAAUUACUGGACUUGAUGUCGAUAAGUUUACAACCAUAUGUGGAGAUGAUAACAUGGCUUGCUUUUCUCAUGUCAAGCAUGGUGGAUCACUUGCAGUAAUCUGGGGUUACAAAUCCAAUGAGACAUGUACAGAUUUUGAAGCAGUGAAAAAUGAACUUCAGAAGAACCAGACUAAAAGAUGGCAGGCAAUAGGCAUGUUAAAGCACGUCUUCUCAAGUGUUGAUCUAUCAUGGGAAUUGAAAGUGCAUGCUCUUGAUUUCCUGCUUUGCGUUAUGGAUGGAUGUACGCACCAAGAAAUUCAAAAUGAUGCAAUGGACUACUCCACAUAUGUGCCUACUCUAUAUGCGUCAUUGCAGGCGAUUGAAAUGGUCAUUAUAUAUGCACCAAAUGCUGUUUUGCGGAAGAAAUCCUUUGAUGCUAUGAUGAAGGUGCUUGCAGAUGUUCCAAGUUCUUUAAGGUUUGACAUCUUAACGGCUUUGAUACAGAAUAGCCAGUCUUCUUCUAUGAUUGCAAUCCUCUUAGAUUGUAUCAGAAGGGAAAUGCACGAGGAAUAUAGUAGUUGUAUCUCACUAAACAGUCAAUGCCUCUCAUUUUGGAGUGCCAGGGUUGUGGAACUAGUAGAGCUGGUUCUGAAGCCUCCUAAUGGUGGCCCUCCAUCUCUUCCUGAGUACAGUGAUGCUGUUUUAUCAGCGCUCAAUCUCUAUCGGUUUGUAGUGAUCAGAGAGUCAACAGGAAAAACGAACUAUACUGGAGUGCUCUCGAAGGACAUGUUGCAGAAGGCUUACAACGAAUGGCUUCUUCCUUUGCGUACAUUAGCCACAGGAGUCAUGGCAGCAAACCAGCAGGAUCAUGACCAACUAGCAUUGGACACAAUGUGUGCCUUGAACCCCAUUGAGUUAGUUUUAUAUCGCUGUAUUGAACUCGUUGAAGAUAAUCUGAAACAUGCAUAGUUUUAUCACUAAUAUACCAAAAUAUUAUAAAUAA